AAAAGUAUUUUAAACCUGCAGCAGGAAACCAUGCCCAGACACUACAUUUGCAAUAGCAGGGGAUUCCAUAGGUUAAAUGGAUGAAGAUUUAGAUAAAGAAAUAGCAGCGUAUUCCUUACAAAACUCCUCAGAAGCAUUGCUUUCUAUUCAGUUACUAGAUUUCAAAACAACAUUUCUGGAGGCAGUAGAAGAGUUGCGUAUGAGAAGGGAUUCAGAAAACCUUUACGAGAAACAAAUUAGCAGACAUGUUGCUGAAAAACAGGACCUUGUAUGGCAGAAGGAAGCUGUUCAGCAUGAGAAAGAAGCAUUAAAGAAGCAGCAUGCAGAAGCCAUUACAACUUUAAAAAAACAAAUAAACUAUAGCAACUUACAGUAUUACUACAGUGUCCCAACCAACCAAAUGUGA